AUGUGCCUGAAUCUUGACAAAGCACAGCAAGGGGAGACCUUGGCAAAUGCUUCGGGUGGGCCACAGCCUUUCCCUUCCACAGAAGGAGCCGCUGGAGCAGGCACCAUGCUGCUGUGCUCUUUGACCCUCACCCUCAUCUGGAUGGUGGUUUCUGGCCUUGAGUACAACAUGAAGGAAGUUUGUCUUGGAAGCCCUGGCACCCCUGGUACUCCUGGAUCCCAUGGCCUGCCAGGAAGAGAUGGGAGAGAUGGCAUCAAAGGAGACCCUGGACCUCCAGGCCCCAUGGGCCCCCCUGGAGGAAUGCCAGGCCCCCCUGGGCGUGAUGGGAUGAUUGGAGCCCCUGGCCUCACUGGAGAGCGUGGAGAAAAGGGAGAGCCUGGUGAGAGGGGUCCUCCAGGGCUUCCACCUUAUCUAGACGAGGAGCUCCAGAGCACACUCCUUGAGAUCAACCAUCAAAUGCUGAAGAUGAUGCGCGUCCUCAGUCUGCAGGGGUCCAUGCUGGCAGUGGGAGAGAAGGUCUUCGCCACCAGUGGGCAGUCGGUCAAUUUUGAUGCCACUAGAGAGUCGUGUGCCAGAGCAGGUGGACGCAUUGCUACCCCAAGGAGUCUAGAGGAGAAUGAGGCCAUUGCAAACAUCGUGAAGAAGCACAAUACUUAUGCUUACCUGGGCCUGACUGAGGGUCCCACUGCUGGAAACUUCCACUACCUGGAUGGAAACCCUGUGGAUUACACCAACUGGUACCCAGGGGAGCCCGGGGGUUGGGGCAAAGAGAAGUGUGUGGAGAUGUACACAGAUGGCCGGUGGAAUGACAAGAACUGCCUGCAGUCCCGACUGGCCAUCUGUGAGUUUUGA